CGAGACUCCGUGGCGGAAUGUUGUGCGAAUUUUCCCGCUCGAUCGGUCUCUGGCAAGAGUGAUUCUCUCCCACUGUGAAAAUCCCUCCACAGGUGCGCGAAACCCAACACGGAUUUUCCCUCUACGCCAGGCAGAAAAGCGAAUUCCACUUCAGUGAUUUAGCAGAAAAAAAACCUUCUUGUGUGUGUGAAUAAUUUAAACGCUAUUUUCCACACCACCUUUUCUCACAUGUUCUCAACACCAUCGUCACAAAACGAAGGGAAGAACGAGCAUUUAAAUACCCGAAAACCCUGAUUUUUUCCAUCCACCCAACCAGUGCCAAAAAAUCGACAAAUUUCUCUUCUCUCAGGAGCCUAAUACCAUAUACAUAUUUUGUGCCACUCGCCGACUUGCUAAAUGGACUAAUUUCAAAUUCAAUCGACACUCAUGCAAAUGCUUCAAAUUGAAUUUAAAUAUAGGGCGGAGAAAAAAAGCAUAUUUCGAAGGUACUUUUCAUAUCCCACUCAGGAUAUCUUCCGCUCCACCGCAGAACCGAUAUUUCCAUCUCCACAGCGCAGAAGAGACGGCAAAAUCGGAGGGAAAUUAAUAGAAAAUCAGUGUUGAGUGUGAGAAGUCGUAGACUCAGAGCUUUUCCGUAACAAACAUUUAUUAAUAGCCAUAAUAUCGAGUGAGUGAGAGCGGAAGGCGCACGAAAAAGGACCUUCGGACGUGCGGCGGUCGAUUUAAAUCUCAACAUAGAACAAGCACUAAAUUGAGAUUUUGUGUCAAUCAACGGCAGGUGGUGAAAGAGUGCUCCGACGUCUGGCAGGUGAAAUACGACGACACAUUGCUAUCCACACAAUGUCGGAUAAAUGUGAGUGCCAGUUUAUAAGAUGGUCGGCAAAGCAUGUCGAGUGAGACGCAAAGGCCAUAUGCAAGAACGACUCCCGCCCACAGAAAGCAGCGCCUGCGAGGGAAAGUGUUACAGAAGGAGGUGUGAAGAAAAAAUAGACGAGAUGUGAAGUCAAAAGUGCUCCAAGUAUGAAAAUACAACAAUAUACUAAAUAAAAUAUCUUCUCAGCGCGCGGGAAACAAAAACACACCAGGAAAAGUUAGAAGAUAGAGAGAGAAAAGCUGUGCAAAUAGCAAGAAAAUACUAUACGCAUAGUCUUUUCUUCGACCGUGUGUUCGUGUGUACGAUAAAAUUAACCAUAAACACCAAUCUUCUUCACCACGAGCGUGUAUGGUGAAAAAAAUGUGCUCCACAUCAUCAGACACAACUGACGAUGAACAUGGCAUUUCGUCGGCACCACCCGCCCCCGCGGCCGCACCAGUUGAGACCACCAGAGUGUACAAGAAAACCUCAUCAAAUGCCAUGAUUACCCUGUAUCUGGCCUCACGCGAGAUGAUCCACAGAAUGGGGAGCGUUGAACCACUGCGUGGCGUUCUGUAUGCCGAUCCCAAGUUUGUGUCCGGCUUCAGGAUAUUCGGCCAACUCACGCUCACCUUCCGCUAUGGCCGCGACGACGAGGAGGUGAUGGGAUUGCGCUUCUGCAACGAAGCCAUCAUUGCCCUGAAGCAAAUUUGUCCGCAAGUCGAGACGGACGGUGAUCGCAAGGAGGAUUUAUCACCUCUGCAGGAGGCCCUCGUGGAGCGCCUCGGCGCUGGCGCCCAUCCCUUCACGUUGGAGGUGGGAAUCGCUCCACCCAGUGUUCAAUUAAUUCCCGCCAAGAGGUAUACCGGCGCCCCAAUUGGCACGCACUACGAUGUCCGCGUCUUCAUCGCGGACCCCCACGUGGACGAGAGCGUGAAGAGGCGCUCGUCUGUGCGGAUGGGCGUCCGACUGAUCCAUCGCGUCUCGGAGGAUGCAAAGUGCCACCAGCCACCGUCUGUGUGCACCACACCCUCGAAGGCCUCCCUGCCGCGCUGCCUCCGGCUUCGACUCAGUCAGAAGGCAUUCAAAUCACGUCAGGACUCCACCGACACCGAACCCUGCACCGGGGAUCAAUGGACGGGCAUUGAGGGACCGCACGGUGCAGUUGACAAACCAUUUUUGUGGGCAGAAGGACGAGUGAGUCUCAAAGCGGCACUCAAUAAAUCUGUUUAUCGGCAUGGCGAACAAGUUUCAGCAACUGUGGAUGUUCACAAUGAGAGUCGCAAGAUUGUCCGGAAGAUUCGGGUCUUUGUCGUGCAGCACGUUGACGUGUGCAUGUUCAGCAAUGGGAAAUUCAAGAACGUCGUGGCCGAUUGCAGCAUAUCGGAUCAGAUAGCGCCGGGUGAGACUUACCACAAGACCUUCCAUCUCAUCCCCAUGCGCGGUCCCACGAAGAACUGGCUGGCUGUGGAGAGCUCCCUGCAGGCGGGCAGCUUCGGCAGCAACAUGGGCAACCGCAACGGGCAGUACACAGUCAUCCCGGCGGCCGGCGAGAGCACCAUCCAGCAGGAGAUCGCCUCCAGCGCCCCGCGCGCGCAGCACCAGACGCCAGAGGAGCGCAACGUCUUCGCCAUCUAUGUGUCUUACUACGUGAAGGUGAAGCUGGCGCUGAGCGGCAUGGGCGGAGAGUUGUCUCUCAAACUGCCCUUCACGCUCGGCUACGCCGACAGUGACCCAGACGACGACAAGACCACCAAGAAGCAUUACUCCAGCAUCAUGGAGGAGGACUUUGAGCAGAUCAGCGAACCCGCCCUCCAGAGGAGGAACUCAGCGGGCGCCAUUCCGGGGUGCAGCAGCAAAAAGACAUCCGAAUCAGAGGAAAUUGGUGCUGUUGUUAGUGUUACCGAAGCCCAAGUGCAUCAAUCGAGCAGUAUAGAGACUAAUAAGAACCCUAUUGUAUAGACUUGUGCGUUCAUAAAGAGCAUUUUAAACGUAUAGCCAAAAGAUUAUCUUGUCCUUUAAUGUGCCAAAGUCUGUCCUUUCUGCCUCUGCCCGCAUACGAAUGGAACACAGAGGAGGGAUUAUAUGCACAUAUAAUCACAAAUCAGAGAAGACCAUCCAAUCAGCAUGUUCCGUUGAUUGCAAGGUACUGA